UUGACCCUACUUAGGGCAAGCGAAGUUAGCGCACAAUCUAGAGCCGCCGCCUCCAGGCCUUGAUUUCAACAUCUGAGCGACCAGCACACACGAUCGCAUCCCCCAUCGCCAAACACUCAGACCGGUCUUGUCGAGUACACCACCGUCGACAAGAUGCCUACCCGUUUCUCGAAGACAAGGAAAUCCCGCGGUCAUGUAUCCGCCGGCUACGGUCGUAUCGGCAAGCACCGCAAGCACCCCGGUGGUCGUGGUAUGGCCGGUGGUCAGCACCACCACCGUACUAACCUCGACAAGUACCACCCCGGUUAUUUCGGUAAGGUUGGUAUGAGGUACUUCCACAAGACCAACCAGCAGUUCUGGAAGCCCGUGAUCAACCUCGACAAGCUGUGGUCCCUCGUUCCCGCUGAACAGCGUGACGCCUACGUGAGCGGCCAGAAGACCGACACUGCUCCCGUUAUCGACCUCCUCCCUCUUGGCUACUCCAAGGUUCUCGGCAAGGGCCGCAUCCCCGAGAUCCCCAUCGUCGUCCGUGCCAGGUAUUUCAGUCGGGAUGCUGAGCGGAAGAUCAAGGAAGCCGGUGGUGUCGUUGAGUUGGUUGCCUAAAAUGUGGAUUACUUUGCUACCUGGAGAAGGCCAAGGUGCUGCGCUAGCUAUGGUCGGCGUAAUUGAGGCUCGAUUUCUAUCGAAAGGAAUAAGGACUCGAACAUGGGGGCCGCGGAUCGGGCACAGGGAUCCGUGUAUUUACAAAACCAAGGGUUUUUGUUUGUGAUGAGCAUAGCAUAGCCUCCAGACACCCUUACGAUCUCACUAUCUCACAAAAUACCAUAAAGGAGGAUUUC